AUGAUACACAAUUUACCCGAAGAGAUCAUUGAUCGCAUCUUCAGCCAUUUGUGCGUCACGGCUGACCUGGCUCGGCGCAACGAGGACCAGCUCAGGCUUUCGACAUUAGCUUCGAUUGCACGUUCGAGCAAGACUCUCAAUCGAAUUGUCGAGCAUCACCUGUAUCAGACGAUCGAUUGCCGGACCCACAUUGAUACCACGAGGCUACGCCAGUUCAUAAGAGCGCUGCUGUACAAUCCAGAUGCAGCCAGUCAUGUCCAGCAGAUUCGUCUGCAAGACUGGGAUGUCGGGAGUCGUGGCCUCAUCCUCAUCCAGGAAUCGGAUGGCCCCGAGGAGCUUGCGCUUGGGGGAGCUGCGCUUGUAACGCAAAUUCGGAACGCUAUGACUGCAAGCAGCCUGCCCAUGGACUUGAAAGAUGACCUCCAAAACAUGCUUUCUAACGAUCCAGCAUGCCCGGACGCUGAGCUUGCAUUGUUACUCGUGCUGUGCACGAAUGCUCGACAUCUUGACAUUGUCUGCGAUGUCGAUAUUCCAUCAAGUUUUGUGCUGCGAGUAGCAGAAGCAGUUCACAUGCCCUCCAGCCAUGCUGACAAGAAAAGACCACUGGAGCACUUGUCGGAGCUCCAUGUGGCACAUUCCGACACCGAAGGACAUACAAGCAUAGCUGAUGUCCAUGAUCUGUUGCAGCUACCCAGGCUCAGGACAUUUCGAGGACAUAUGCUUGCUUGUGAUCAACUUUGGCCACUACCGAGGACCGUGCGAUCGCCGGUCAAGCGGAUCUUCCUUCAAUACUCGCUCCUAGAUCAUCUAGGUCUCGAAAGCAUCCUGCAGGCAUGUCCUUCCCUAACAACGCUCUCCGUCGAGUGGGCUGGAUCUACGGUUGGCGAGUGUUGCAUCGAUAUGAACAUGUUCGGCCAGACCCUUCGCACCUUUGGUGCAAACCUCGAAGUGAUCCGUUUGAAGCCCGAGAUGGCUGCCUGCUUUGAUGAAUCUCACGAUCAUAGGACUUCAAUUGGUUCAAUGGCUUCACUUGCUUCUCUUAGGGAGCUCACGGCUCCAUAUACGACAUUCUUUGGCAGGGAACAGGACCGGCCUGAGCGCUACCCGCAACUGGCUGAGAUCCUACCGGAGUCACUACGGCUCUUGAGAAUGGUGGACCACACGGCUGAUGAUCCUGACAUUCUCGACGAUCAGCUCUGGGCUCUCAUGCAAGAUGAGAGGCACAAACAGCUCAAGACGAUCAGAAUUAAUCGUGGAGCGCCCUUCUCGUACUACGCAGAGGAUAUAGGCUGGGACGAAUCAGAAAGCAAUCAGUUCUGGGUAGUCCUAAAGAGGAUAUAG